GCUGUCCGUAAUUUUCUCCUGUCAUCUAAACUGUCAAAGGGAAAGGAAAGGACUGUAAGAAUUAAUUACCCUUUACUACUGACUGUAUGAACUAGGCAAAGUUAUAUGAAUCAACACAAAGUGUGUAUUUAUCUUGUAUCCAACCAGCUAUAGAAUCAUACGCUGUCACUAUCUCAAUCCUAGGAAAAUUCAGGAUUCCUUAUUUGUUGAUCCAGAAAAAAAAAUUCUUUCAAGAAGGUUGAAAAGUGCUUCAUGAAAAAUAAAAUGACAUCUCCACGUCAAGGUGAAGACCAGGAAGAUGAGCCAGAAAUCAAUGAAGAGGAAGAAGAAGCUAUGGAAGAGGAGGAAGUGCCAGACUCUUCCACCUCUACGACUGUCGGUCGAUCAGUCACUCUACAGAAACUCCUGGCCGCUGGGAUUCUACACCCCGGUGAUCAAGUCAUGUCGAUAGAAUACUUGGGGCAGAGAUUUAUGGGUGAUCUCCUGCCAGAUGGGAAGAUAAGAUCAGUCGAAACGGACUUGAUAUUUGCGUCUCCGAGUGCGUGGGCGAUACAUUGCAAACGCAUCAUCAACCCGGACAAAAAGUCUGGUUGCGGAUGGGCUUCUGUGAAAUAUAAAGGAAGAAAACUUGAUGCAUGCAAGAACGAAUAUUUCUUUAAGAAGAAACCUUUUACAAAAAAUAAAGAAAACGAACCGCAGCCUGAAAACAAAAAUAAGGACAACGAUCACCACUCAGACGCAGACGAAGAAAUGGAGCUGAAGCCACCAGCUUCCACCAUCCUUCCCCCCACUCCAGCGGCUACCCCUACCCCUCAGCUGACUCUGGUGAGGCCGGUGGUCAAACACAACAUGCUCGGCAACCGAUCUACUCUGCAUGAUCCCAAUACCCUGGUGGAGAGUGUGCCAUUCUCAGUGAUGGGCAAGAUCCAGCCCUUCCUAGUGUCUAUGUCGACCAACGCAGCUCUAGUGAUGGACUUCCACUGUCACCUCACUACCUCGGAGGUCGUAGGCUACCUGGCCGGCCACUGGGACGUCAAUGCACAUAAUCUGGCCAUCACACAUGUGUUCCCGUGCAGGUCACGCCUCAGCGACAGAGAGAUGGCUCCUCUGGUAGAACAAGAGAUACAGAAGGCGAUGGAGGCUCGGCGGCUGACUCUGGUGGGCUGGUAUCACAGUCACCCCUCGUCUCCUGCUACCCCCACCCUGCGAGACAUUGACACUCAGCUGGAUUAUGAGAUCAUCAUGAGAGGGGGGAAUGACGCCAGCUACACUCCCUGCGUGGGAGUCAUAUGUUCACCCUACAACAAGGACAGCCUCAGUCUGGAGUCUACUGUGGUCAGCUAUUGGGUCGCUCCACCCCCUGAGAACAAACCUCACGAGUACGGCAAGCCGAUGUUGAUGAGUUACAGUGUGAUUCAGGACCAGUAUCUCACCCAGGACACUCUCAAUGAGAUGAAAAAAUGUGCGGAUUACUACAAAGGCGAUCCAGAUGUUGUCAAAUUUGGGGAAAAAUACAAAGGAAACGUAACUUACCUGGACAAACUGAAGACGACACUGACGUCCAAGUUCCCACGAGACCAGAGUGAUGGCAAGCUGUGGGCGUAUCUGAGUGAGCUGGUCAUGCCGGGCAGUACAGGAGAGACAUCUCCCCCCUCUGUGCCCGCCUCUCCGUCCCCCACCCCCUCUCCUUCUACGUCCUCCGCUACCUCAUCCGCCUCUGCUCUUGGUCUCAACAUACCAAAAGCCGGAGCCAGCCUGUUUAGUGCGGAAAUUGCCAACGCUCUGUUCAGUGCAGGCAAGUUCCCCACGCCAGCUUCUUUGAUGGGCCUCUCCGCUCUGUUCCCCACACCACUACCCCCUAGUCUGCUCAAGUAUCCCUCCCCCAGCAAACUACUCGACAAGAACUACACUCUGACCAGUGGCCACUCCUGAGACUGGCUCAACCUGUUCAGCCCGUGAAUAGCCUCAUCGUCUGCUGAAGGUUAACACUUACACCAGGAAACUAAAGAUCUGGGACUUAAGACUAUAUAGUUAUCUUAGAGGUCGUUGUGGACAUUUUCCAUAGAUUAAAAAAACAAAGUUUUCAUGACAAAAAUGAAUAACUUACUUGCACACUACCUUCUUACUACUGUCAUGUACCUAUGUAUUAGUUGUUUUACUGUCAUACUUUUUUUUAAAUGCUUUUGUUUUCAUUUUAUUUUUAAAUGUAAUUAAUUUCUCACUGGAGGCCGGGAUCAGAUUCCAGAUCCCAAACACUUAUUUUCACUUAUAGUGAUGGAAAAUGUCCGCAAUAGUCUCUUAAACAUUGUAAACUAACCAUUACCAAAUUUAAAUUAACUUAAUUCAAAGAAGACCAUUGUGUUGAAUUUUGCACAAUUUUGUUUUGGAAUCUAUUGAAACUUUUUUUGUAAAAACUUUUGAAGAGGUCAGCUUAAUUUAGGCUAUAACUAGAAGUACAAUGCAGUUGUCUGCUUGCAAAAUUGAGCAGAGCAAGCAUAGGGAAAUGUAACUAUGAAUUGAUUGUUCCCAAUGGGCUAGAGUUUACAUAAAGGGAAUGUCUACUUGCAGUAUCCAAAGUCAAUGCUGUACCUGGUUCACAAAUGUGAUGUGAUCAACCGAUAGGGCCUAUGUUAAAUUUCUAAAAGUUUAAAUUCACGUAGGGGAAAGCCGAGUAGUCUGAUUUGUACCGCUUCAGAUUUAUAUCUUCCCAUGGUUGGUUACUAUGACAGUGCUAAAUUUAAUGCGAAUCGCUUCAGCUGUUACGGAGGAGUAUGUGGAAAACAAAAGCAGGGGUGUACAGUAGUAUAAGAGCUUCACUCAAACUGUUUAUAGUACAUUGAAUAUCAACUGUACCAAUUAAACAAACUUGGAACUUUUGUUAAUGGUCUUGUCAAUUGAAAGUAAUUACGUAUUUUAAUUUUGAUACUAAAACGAUUAACGAAAUUAUUGACUUUUGGAUACUGAAGUCUUCUUUCAAGAUUAAAUGGUAAAGGCCAGUUACGGGUUAUAGAGCUUAUAAUAAGAACAUCACUAAUACUUGAUUAUUUAGUUAAAUUUCAUCUUAUUAUGAAUCAUGAAUAAUUGUUGUAGGUGUUAGAUUUCAAUUUCAUGCUGGUUGUGAAGAUAUGGCUUCUAAAUAGCUCUAAAAGGAGUGAAACACAUUUCACAAACUAACGAUUGUUUCUCUUCUCUUGCAGGUAUUUUAUCAAAGAAGUUAUGUAAAGCAAUGAUUUAGGUAAUUAUAUAUUUUUUCUCAUAAAUUCUUAUAAACUAUUCAAACGCACAAAAUUGGUGUUGCAAGUCAUCAUUUUUUACGUACUGUGAAUUUAAAAAAAAAACUAAUACUUGGACUGGUGUACUAGACUCUAUUGUGCUGGUUUAAUAACUUACUGGUGGAUCAAAGAGUUCAGAUCAACAACUAUACUACUGGAACACACCCUGUCCAUAACCCUGUAUUGCGCUUUCAAGUGAAUUUCAGUUAUAAGGAAUGUUAUUGUCUCUGUGGAGUAAUUGGUUGGCAAGUGAAUGGAAAAGGUUGAAAUUUAACUGUCUUAGUCGUGUACUCAAUACCGAUAUCUCUGACCGUAGAACACACACAACAAGCUGAUUUUAAAUCUAACGGUAGAUAAUUAAAAAAAGUGAGGAUUUAUUUGAGGUCGGGGGUUAUUUGCUCAAGCUACCUGAUACGAAUUUAACUACGUAAACAUUAUUAUCAAUUGUUUUUAAAGGGGCGCUUAUAACAAUGACAUUAAACGUAGGCAUAAAAUAAAAAAUGUUAUAAUGAUGAUAGAUGCAUGUUUAUAGUAAUUUAACAACCAGUAACAACAAGUAAUUUAGAAUAGUUAAGAAAAACACCAUUGUAUCAACAGAUUUACAACAUUUUUUUCUUUUUGUAAAAUGUAAUAAGUUAAUAUGAGAAUCAUACAGGUUUUUUAGAUUGUCUAAGAAGACACUACGGUAUAUUGCCUGCCAGUACCUGUAGCGUGUUCUUACCCAACUUCAGACAUCGUCAGAUUUAGGCACAAAUCUGUGACCCAAUACACGUUUCAGCAGUAUUUCACUUCACUUGUUUCAGUAGUAUUGCUCGUUGGUUAAGAUACUGUAACAUUAUGAAACGCAUGACAUCCUUAUACAUAAUAUGUGAAGGCGAUUUCUACGAAACACUACUCCUCUGUUAAUAAUGGACAUAUUUUUACAAACGAUGUGUCAAAAUUAAGUAUUUUUUGUGAAGAUGCCCCCUUUCACUAAUUCAUGUAAUAAGAGUCCUUGGGCUUUGCCCCACAGGCCAUCAAAACACCAAUGUAUUUCUUAUGAAGAAAAGAUUUUGUUUACCUAUACAGACAAAUAAUUUGUAUUAAUUACAGCUGUUCAUAGUAAACACAUGAUACACUGACGAGAGUUCUUUUUCAGUGUGAGUUCGUUUUCAGUUUCGAUAACUGGAGUGAAGUGAUUGAUUACAUUCGAGUUGACCGUAAUCGGAAAAUACGACUGUUAUUCGUUUUGAAAUAACACCUGUAAUACUUUGCAAUUGCUCGAAUUCGAGCAACAGGUGCACUAGUUUUCUUUAAUUGUCUGUUGAAUGCCAAUUUUUUUGCAUUACCAGAGGAAAUGUUGUUUGGAAAAAAAUAAAAUUUGUAGAUAUUUUCUUUUGCAAAAGAAAUGUUUCGCAUUGAGAAUUACUUGAAGUUUGUUAAGUUUUCUGUCAUUUUUUUAUUUGCAAAUCAAUCAAAAUCUUAGCGUGACUUAAUUCUGUGACAUAUUUCUAUUUGAAAAACACUAACUUUUUGUCCUUUAAGAAUCACCACUGAUUUAUUAACAUGCUAGGCCUAUUACUUUUGAUCAGUGUUGCUUAACUUACUAAGACUGUUAUUAUUACUCAUGCGUGUGUUUUAAUUUUAAUUUUAGGAUUUGAGAUUGUGAUAUAUCUUUUAAGUACCGUAAAUAAUGUACAAAGUAUUAAUGAUUAAUGAGCAAACUCACAAAAUAGAUUGUAGUAAAUGUUAGUUUCAACAUUUCUGGUACUUUCAAUGUUAGUUGAUACAAAUGUAAUCCUUAACUGUGAUUGGUUAAAUAUAAUUGUCUUUUGUUUGUUCCUUAUGUAAAUGGAACAUUUAUAUCCCCACCAUCCUUUCUAUAGGCGUUUUUGGCUGCUCUAAAUGUUAGCGAAAUUGUUAGGAUAAAAUAGUUAAUGGUUUUAACAUUAUUUAUACUAAACAAUCAGUAUUAUUUAAAAUGUUUUAAAAUCAUUUUUAACAUUCUAUCUCAAACAAACAUUUUAUUUUGUCUAGUUUAAAAAUUGUGUUUUGUGUGAGUAUAUGAAUAAACAAAGAAUACUUUUUGAAGUUUUUUUGCAGAAGAAUAUUCUUGUUACUUAGUUUUAUACUUUUUUAAGUUCAGUAAUGUUAACAACUUUGUAUAAAAGUAAAUAAACUAGGGUUGCUUUCAGAGAGGUGAAAGCCAGUUGAGCGGAACAAACGUGAUUUGAUAUUUGUAUAAGUAACUAAAUGUAAAAAAGUCAAUAGAUGUACUAAUGCUGGUUUUAUUGAUUAAAAUUAUAAUAAUUCAGAUUUGUUUUUACUACAUCUUGUUGUUUUUACCAACUAUUCCAAAAGAUAAAAAUUAUAUGGUGCA